GUGCAUUCCAACGAUCCAACUGCAUACCUUCCGCCAGAGCACUCCCGCUGCCAUUGAUAUACCUUAGCGGACCCAAUCCCUUUCCAUCACUGUAACUGCUCGGGGGAGCAAUAUGCGCUGCCAUUGACCGACCGAUAUCGCGAAAUGGCUAUCACCAAUGGAGCCCCGGCCCUCAAGGGCCCAACUCGGGUCCAGAUCCUAGGGAAGGACACAAUCGUUGUCGACUAUGGACUCUGGGAGAACUUUGUAGCGCAGGAUCUCCUGUCGAACAUACCCUCGUCAACCUACGUCCUCAUCACCGACACGAACAUCGGCCCACGCUAUGCUCCGGUGUUCGAGAAAGCGUUCGCCGCCCAGCAACCUGCGGCGCGACUCCUGUCCUACCAGAUCCCACCAGGCGAAACCUCUAAAUCUCGAUCGACCAAGGGGGAUGUGGAAGAUUGGCUGUUGGCGCAACGAUGCACGCGGGAUACGGUCAUAAUCGCUCUGGGAGGCGGUGUCAUCGGGGAUAUGAUCGGAUUCGUUGCCGCGACCUACAUGCGAGGGGUUCGCUUUGUUCAGGUACCGACGACGCUUCUGGCUAUGGUGGACUCAUCGAUCGGCGGAAAGACGGCGAUAGAUACACCGGUUGGAAAGAACUUGGUCGGAGCGUUUUGGCAACCGGAACGGAUUUACAUUGACCUGAAGUUUCUGGAGACCCUUCCAAAGCGAGAGGUAAUCAAUGGGAUGGCAGAAGUUGUUAAGACGGCGGCUAUAUGGUCGAAGGAUGAUUUCACCGACCUGGAAGAGAAUGCCGAACUCAUCAUGAGUAGCCUUGAAAGCGAUGGAAAGAGCCAACACAGCCUCCUGCGGAUCGUGGAUAUCCUCAAAAGAGUGAUUCUUGGCUCGGUCCGAGUGAAGGCACACGUCGUCUCGGCCGACGAGAGAGAAGGCGGAUUGCGCAACCUCCUCAACUUCGGGCACUCGAUUGGUCACGCUAUGGAAGCCAUCUUGACUCCUCAGAUCCUCCAUGGAGAGUGUGUCGCCAUCGGAAUGGUCAAGGAGGCGGAAUUGGCCCGAUACCUAGGCGUCCUGUCGCCUUCCGCGGUCGCUCGGCUGACCAAGUGUAUCGCAAGCUAUGGCCUGCCCAUCUCGCUGGACGACAAAGUGAUUCGAAAGCGCUCCGCUAAUAAGCACUGUCUCGUCGACGACCUGAUUCAGAUCAUGGCGGUGGACAAGAAGAACGAUGGAGCGAAGAAGAAGAUUGUGCUUCUGUCGGCCAUCGGCAAGACUCAUGAGCCGAAGGCGAGCACAGUUGCAGAUCGAGACAUCCGCAUGGUCCUCUCUCCUAGUGUCCGAAUCACGCCUCAUGUACCGGCCAUGGGUGCCGUGAUCUGCAAACCACCAGGCUCCAAGAGUAUCUCGAACCGCGUCCUGGUCCUGGCGGCGCUGGGAAGUGGCAGCUGCAAGAUCACGAAUCUGCUCCACUCCGACGACACACAAGUCAUGCUCGCCGCCAUUGCAAAGCUGGGCGGUGCGACUUAUUCCUGGGAAGAAGAAGGCGAAGUGCUCGUCGUGAACGGAAACGGAGGAAAACUGAGCGCAUACCAUGAAGAGCUGUAUCUUGGAAAUGCAGGCACCGCAUCGCGUUUCCUCACCUCCGUCGCAACCCUGGCGAAAAUGUCUUCCGUGUCCUCCACGGUCGUGACUGGGAAUGCCCGCAUGAAAGAACGACCAAUCGGCCCUCUCGUCGACUCCCUGCGUGCCAACGGCGCCAAAAUCGACUAUGUCGAGCGCGAAGGAAGCUUGCCUCUCCGGAUUGAAGCUUCCGCUGGACUCAAAGGGGGUGAUAUCACACUUGCGGCGACCGUGUCCUCGCAGUACGUGUCGUCUCUGCUGAUGUGUGCCCCUUACGCGAUGGAGCCCGUGACCCUGCGGCUGGUCGGGGGAAAGCCCAUCUCGCAGCUGUACAUUGAUAUGACCAUCGCGAUGAUGGCGUCUUUCGGUGUCAACGUCGAGGUGUCGAAGACCGAGCCUUACACUUACCACAUUCCGCGACAAGCAUACAAAAACCCUGCAGCAUACGAAGUGGAAAGCGAUGCUAGCUCCGCGACUUACCCUCUAUCGGUAGCUGCUAUUACGGGGACGACCUGCACUGUCCCGAACAUUGGGUCAGCCUCUCUUCAAGGCGAUGCUCGCUUCGCAGUCGAUGUCUUGCGGCCCAUGGGCUGUACCGUGGAGCAGACUUCUACCUCAACAACGGUCACUGGGCCACCUCCCGGCCAAUUGAAGGCAUUGACCGACGUGGAUAUGGAGCCGAUGACGGAUGCCUUCCUUACCGCGUCAGUCCUCGCUGCCGUCGCGACCAACAACGGCCACACUUCUACCACGCGGAUUCUGGGAAUCGCCAACCAACGAGUGAAAGAAUGCAACCGCAUCGCCGCGAUGAGGGUGCAAUUGGCCAAGUUCGGGGUCGUUUGCAGAGAGCUUGACGAUGGGAUCGAAAUCGAUGGAAGGGGGUUGGAUAUUGACUCGCCUUCGCAGAGCAUUUACUGCUAUGACGACCAUCGUGUUGCCAUGAGCUUCAGUGUCUUAGGCUUGGUCAGCCCAACGCCUGCUACCGUUCAGGAGAAGGCUUGCACUGGGAAGACUUGGCCAGGAUGGUGGGACAACCUCGCGCAACUGUUUGGGGUCCCGCUCGAAGGCGCCGAUGAUCUCGAGGAGCACGCCGUAAAUGGUGCCGACGUCGGUUUUGGAAAGUCAAUUAUCAUCAUUGGCAUGAGAGGAGCAGGCAAGACGACGACAGGGGGGUGGGCUUCGGAAAUCUUGGGUUGGCCUUUGGCUGAUCUCGACACUGCCCUGGAAGACCAUAUGGGGAUGUCCAUUCCCGAUAUCAUCAAGCAGCACGGCUGGGAAGGGUUCCGCGAAGAAGAGCUGAAGAUGCUCUCUGGAUCCAUAAAAGCGAAACCCACCCGACAUAUCCUCGCCUGCGGUGGCGGCGUCGUCGAAAUGCCGGCCGCCCGAAAAUUGCUGUGCGAUUACAAAAAGUCCGGUGGUGUGGUCUUGCUGAUCAGCCGGGAGAUCGAGAAAGUGAUGGCCUUCCUCAACAUCGACAAGACACGGCCCGCAUAUGUGGAAGACAUGGUCGGUGUCUGGCUGCGGAGGAAGCCGUGGUUUCUCGAGUGCAGCAACUUUCAUUUCCACAGCCGGACCGUCUCCCAGGAGGGACUCGGGGUUUCGCACGAUGACUUUUCCCGCUUCUUGUCGCUGAUGACAGGACGGAACAAGUCCCUGGAGAACGCCAAGGCGAAAAAACAUUCGUUCUUCGUUUGCCUGACGUACCCCAACCUAGAACCUCAUGCGGAAACUCUCAAGGCGGUGGCUGUUGGAUCCGACGCGGUGGAGCUUCGCGUCGAUUUGCUUAAGGAUCCGGCAAAUGUGAACGGUGUCCCAAGCGUCGACUAUCUCAUUGACCAAGUGGCAAUCUUGCGGUCCGUCGUACCACAUCUACCCCUAAUCUUCACCCUUCGGACCCAAAGCCAAGGCGGCCAGUUCCCUGAGGAUGCAGAAGAAGCGGCGUUGGCUCUGUACAAGACCGCCGUUCGACUCUGCUUUGAUUACCUAGACUUGGAGAUGACGUCUAGUGAGACGCUCCUUGCCGAGGUGUCGGCGAUCAAAGGCUAUUCAAAAAUCAUUGCCUCGCAUCAUGAUCCCAAAGGGACAUUGUCAUGGAGCAAUGGAUCAUGGAUCCCGUUCUACAACAAAGCACUCCAGCACGGCGACAUCAUCAAGCUCGUGGGUCUUGCGAAGAGCAUCGAAGACAAUUUCAAGCUCGCCGAAUUCAAGCAAUGGGCCGCGCAAUCCCGCGCGACGCCCAUGAUCGCCAUCAACAUGGGCGAGCACGGCAAACUUAGCCGCGUCCUCAACGGCUUCCUCACGCCUGUCGCCCACCCUCUCCUCCCGGCGGCCGCAGCCCCAGGCCAGCUCAGCGCCAGCGACAUCCGCCGCACCUUGGUCACCCUCGGCGAAAUCUCCCCUAAAUCCUUCUACAUCCUCGGCGACCCCGUCCAGCAAUCCCGCUCGCCACCGCUCCAUAACUCCCUGUUCCGCAGCACCGGCCUUCCCCACCAUUACACCCGCCACGAAACCGCCGAGGUGACCCCGGAACUCCUCGAGCUCAUCCGCUCCCCGACCUUCGGCGGCGCCUCCGUCACGAUUCCCCUAAAACAACUCAUCCGACCGCACCUCGACUCCCUCGCCCCCUCCGCCCUCGCCAUCGGCGCCAUCAACACCAUCGUCCCCGAAACCGUCGCCGACGUCUCCGGCACGCACAUCACGCGCCUCGUCGGCCACAAUACUGACUGGCUCGGCAUGCGGCUCGUGCUUCGCCACUUCGGCGCCGGCACGCAGCGGCCCGGCGCGCAAAGCGGAGUGGUCAUCGGCGGGGGCGGGACGGCGCGGGCGGCAAUCUACGCGCUGAAGCAGCUGGGGUAUUCGCCGAUCUACCUGGUGGGGCGGUCGAGAGGGAAGAUGGAGGAGCUGGCGAGCGCGUUCGACGAGACGUAUGGGCUGCGGGUAAUCACCGGGGCUGAUGCGUUGGAGGAGCUGGAGGAGAUGCCGCAUGUGGCGAUCGGGACGGUGCCGGCGGAUAAGCCGAUUGAUAGUGGCGUGCAAGGUGUGGUGGAACGGGUGUUUGCGAUGGGGAAGGUUGAGGAGGUGGGGAAGGCGAGGAGGACGUUGUUGGAGAUGGCGUAUAAACCACCGGUGACGGAUCUGAUGAAGCUGGCGGAGAAGGAGGGGUGGAACACGAUCAAUGGGUUGGAGGUGUUGGUCGGGCAGGGGGUGUAUCAGUUCGAAUAUUGGACGGGGAUUAAACCUUUGUACAAGGAGGCUAGAGACGCGGUGAUGAGUGCAUAGAACCAUGUCGUAUGUAGCGUCUAGAUCUGGA